AUGAAGUACUCCAUCUCAAACCUCGUCGCUGCGGCCGGCCUCUUCGCGGCUGGCGCCGAUGCCUUCUGGCGUAUGGAGUGCCCGAGUCGCGUCGGUCUUGCCCGAGUUGACCCUCUCAUGAACUUUGGAGAAGCUUCUCCUCACGUCCACGCCAUCCACGGCUCCAGCGGCAUCUCUCCCACUUCGAACUUCGACGACCUUGUCGCUGCCGACUGCACCUCUUGCCGCGUUAAGCAGGACAAGUCAGCCUACUGGCACCCAGCCCUGUACUUCGAGGACUCGUCCACUGGAGAGUUCGAGCUGGUUGACCAAGUUGGCGGAAUGCUUGCGUACUACCUUCUGAAUGGAAAAGAUAUCAAGGCUUUCCCCCCGGGAUUCCGCAUGAUUGCUGGGGAUACCGACCGCCGCAACUACACUGCCGGGGAUCCUUCCCAGCCCGAUCCCCAGAAGUCAGCGUGGUCGACCCUUGGCCAGACCACGCAGUCUAUCCUUGAGCAGCGCGCCAUCGGCUUCAACUGCCUCAACUACGCCCGUGACCCUGAGGGCACCCUGUAUCGUCACUUCCUCCCCGACAAGGCCUACCUCGAUGCCAACUGCGCCAACGGUGUCCGGUUCGAAAUGAUGUUCCCUUCGUGCUGGAACGGCAAGGACCUCGACUCCAACGACCACAAGUCCCAUGUGGCCUACCCUGACCUCGUCAUGGACGGAACCUGCCCUGACGGAUUCGAGACAUCGGUCCCCAACCUUCUGUACGAGGUCAUCUGGAACACCAACGCCUUCAAGAGCCGUUCUGGUCGCUUUGUGAUUGCCAACGGCGAUCUUACGGGCUUCGGAUACCACGCCGAUUUCAUCUCAGGCUGGGACGAGGACUUCCUCCAGUCGGCCGUCAACACCUGCACCAACUUGUCUGGUCGCAUCGAGGACUGCCCCAUCUUCGACCUCCAGGACGAAGCCGCAUGUGCGGAGUGUGAGAUGAAAAUCCCCGACAUCAUCGCCAAGGACAACGUCACUGGUCCCGACUCCGUCUUGCCUGGCAACGUCCCCGUCACCGGCGAUGGCAGCUCUGAGGGUGGAGAUGCUCCCGUCAGCUCCUCCACCGCCGCAGCUCCUGUUGUCCCGACCCUUACCUACAAGCCAGGCAAGACCGCCACGGCUAAUCCUCUUCCCGGUGAUGUCUUCUACGAGACCGGCAAGACCCCAUACGGCUCCGUCGCCGCCGAAGCUGUCUCCGCCCCAGCGUCUGAGGCCACGCCCACUAUACAGCCUACCCCGACCCCGGUCUUCGAGCCCAUCACCACGUCCGCUCCUGCCAGCUCUUCUGAGAGCAUCUCCUUCGUCUCUACUCAGACGAUCACCAACGGCAACACCGUUGAGAUCGUCUACUGGGAAGAAGAUAUUGUGUACGUGACUGAGUACGAAGACAUCACUUCGACCUUGACCGUCACGCCGACUCCGACGCCUGUGCUGCGCGCCAAGCGUCACCUCCACCAGCACCGUCACCAUCACAUGUAG